UUAAUUUUAAAGGGGUCCGGAAAUAUUAUAAAGCUGUAAAUACUAAUUAAUAUUAGGAAUAAGAUUAAAACAGGAUGCCUAAAAGUACUUAUGAGUUCGGAAAUACGCAAUAUUAUGAGUGCACUUUGUGAAACUUUAAUGACUGUUAAGUAUGUUGAAGUAUUGACCAUAUUUUGGCCUAUGAACGAGCAGUUUUAAUGUAUUACGUAUUGUUUGAUAAUGAUUGCUCCUGUAUAGCAAAAAUAACCCUGUAAAAUAUAGAUAUAAUACAAUGUAACGGAUUACUUAGAUAUUAUUGUUAUACGAAGGUUAAGCACAUGUUAAACACCAUGGAUUUGGAGGACUAUCAGGACUAUCGAGUGGCUCAAAAUAUAAAAGUUAUAUAUCCUCCAAUUUUAAUCAUCUUUGGAUUGACCGGAAACAUUGCUUCUUUGAUAAUUCUAGCACAGGUGAAACACAGGAAGACUUCAACUGGUGUAAUGUUGAUAUUUCUUACUUUUACUGACAGUCUUAUACUUGUCUUCGUUGUGUUUGUGAAAUGGUUGCAGUCUGUAUUUGAAGUAGACAUUCGGAGCUCUUCAAGCGUAACAUGUAAAGUACAUGUGUAUUUGACUUACGUUUUACUGCAGCUGUCACCUUGGAUUUUAGUUAUUUUAACGGCUGAACGUAUCUGUAGCGUACUAUACCUUCAUAAGGUCAGGCGUAUAUUUACGAGAAGAAAUGUUUUGAUUUUAUUAUUGCUGUGUGUUGUAUGCCUAUCCUGUUUAAACAGUCAUCUUCUUUAUGGAUUUACACUAGAUUAUCAUGAAGUAUUCAACAAAACAAGCUGUCAAGCUAUGAAGCAUCAUGAGCAUUUCAUGUUCAAAAUCUGGCCAUGGAUUGAUUUCGCUUUUGCAUUUGCAAUUCCAUUUUGCGUCUUACUUAGUGGAAACAUCAUUGUUCUAAGGAAAAUAAAAAAUAGCCGCCACUUUCGGAAAUCAAGUGUAUUCAAACGCAAAACUGGAAACAGAUCAAGGAGAAGCGAGUCUGAUUCAAUGCCGAGAACUGUUUCAUACUUUACAAAAGUAGCGAUUAUUCUCAGUUUGGCUUUUAUUGUAUGUGUUUCUCCUUUCACGAUUUUUGCGAUUGGACAGCCGUACUGGUUCCCAAUGGAAACUAUGACGUCACGGCGGUAUGCAAGACUUAUGCUUCUUGGAGCUGCUAUGCAUUUAUUUAUGUACACAAACAACGCUGUUAACUUUGUUCUUUACAUACUGUGUGGUUCCAAGUUUCGGGCAGAUUUUGUCAACUGUUUAUGCUGUAAUGGUUAUCGGCUUCAUAGGUCAACCACUUACUCUUUUAACUCAAGAAGUUCACAGUCUUCUCAACGAUCUGAAGUGCUUUAAAAUUAUAUUUUAGUUAGAUUCUAUAUAUUUUUUGUCUAAACUAGAUUAUAUAGUUAUAUAUGUACAAAGUCAAGACCGAAAUGUAAGCUUAAGUAGUAACGAAAGAAGUCAGAAUUUAUUUGAUAUUUGUAAAGAUGUAUGAGGAAAUGGUUGAUACACAAUAAUAAGAAUAUAUCAUCUUAUUCU